CACAAAUGAGGUUGGCCAUCAUCUGCGCGGUCAUCCUGGCCAUCUGUGCCAUUGUGGCAUCCGGUCAAAAAGGAAGAUGGAAAGGGUACAAGGACGAGGAAAGGGGGAAAAGAAGGUACUGGAAGAAGGUCAGUAAUGCGGAAUCGAUCGUUGGAAAUGAAAUAAACAGAAACGCGUGAAAUGAUCUAACUUUGACCAAAUCGAAAAUAUCUAAAUAAAACAUCUAAAUGAAA